UUGAGAUGCACUUGAGUGGGAGAGAAAAAGAAUCAAAACCUUGAACCUGCAAGUAUUCUUGCAGAGAGAGAAAGAGCCAAGAAAAUGGAAUGGUACUGUGGUCCUCAUAUGUUUCCUAGUAUAUGCAUGGGUACCACCCCACUCUCAUUCAAUUUCCAUCAGACCAAACAAAGAAUAAUAAAAACUGUCUUUCUGUCCACAUUAUAUAUCUCCCCAAAGGCCAAACGCAUCGCACACAACCUAGCACAAUAUGUCAUUCGGUAUCCAACAGCAGCGGAGGCCCACAAAUACAAUCACAUGAUUCGGUGACUACCUGCCAAGGACGGAGCCAGUCGAAUACAAGUUGCGUUAAGAAGCCUAGACUUUACAAUCCUACAGUUUCAAAUUUUUAACCUCGCUAUUCAAGAAUCCUAGCUCCGGCCCUAAUCCUUGCAUGCCCUCUUUAUUUUGUGGUAUGAAUAGCUCCCACCCUCUGAAUUGCAUCUUGAACUGUCAAACAAAUAACCUUUCAUUUCUACCAUGGAGUUCUCAAUUUUACCACUUGUGGGCCUUCCAGCACAGGUGAAAUAUUCCCAUCAUUCCUUCCAAGGGAUAGAUCAUCCAUUGAGGCUAUUCAUAAAUUGGAAAGAAGAGUGAGAAGGUCGAAGAGGAAGAUUAGCAAGAAAAAACCUGAAUCCUAGAAAAAAGAAACAAUGUGGCAACAACACUUGGGAGACACAGUCGAAGUACUCACCAAAAGCAACGACGACUCCACUUACUGCUACUACGCCGCUACCGUUCUCCGAUCACCAACGAAGAACAAGAAGAAGAAGAACACUCUCUACGUCGAGUACCAGACGAUGAAAGUCCCCGACGCAGAUGGAUCAUCGAGACCGCUCAGGGAGCACAUCGACACGAGCAGGGUGAGGCCUCCACCGCCGCAGGCAGCGGAGACUAGACGGGGCUUCGGUUUGUGUGAAAAUGUGGACGCGUUCGAUGGGAAUAGAUGGAAGGUAGGAAGUGUUGUUGGUAUAUUGAUGAAUUCUAAGUACUUGGUGGUGUUUGGUGAUAAGGAGGAACAGGUUGAGUUUGAAGGGAGCAAUUUGCGGGUUCAUAGGGAUUGGAAUGACGGUUUUUGGACCCCUCCUCUCGAAGAAAUGACAAAAUCAUCUCAGUUGGAAAUAAAACCCGAACGGGUGAAGCUAAGGAUAAAGUAUGGUGGAGGAGCAUCGGAUGCAAAAUUCAGUAAGGGAAAAAUGGUGGAGGUGAGAAGCGACGAAGAGGGUUUCCAGGGUUCUUGGUACACUGCAGUUGUUGUUGAUUCAGUAGCGAAUGACAAGUUUUUGGUGCAAUACCAGACACUGAAGACAGACGAUGAAACUGAACUCCUCAAAGAAUAUUUAGAUGCUUCUUACAUUAGGCCAUGCCCCCCUGAGAUUCCACAGAUAGGCUAUUUUGAACAGUUUCAAGAAGUUGAUGCUUGGUAUAACGAUGGCUGGUGGGUGGGUCGUAUCUUCAAAGUUCUUGAUGAUUACAGGUACGUAGUGUAUUUUGGGUGCACAAACGAUGAGAUGACAGUUGAACAUUCUAAAUUGAGGCCUCAUCAAAUGUGGAUUGAUGGUAGAUGGAUUGCUGCUUCCAUGGUACGACUGCCACCUUCAUCCGAGUUGGAAUUGAAGUCUGAAGAGAGAGAAGUGAAAAUCAGGAAGAUAAAGUAUUGUGAAACAAUGCCAGAGGCAAUAUUCAGCAAUGGGACUUUGGUAGAGAUCAAAAGUGAUGAAGAAGGUUACCAGGGUUCUUGGUACACUGCAGUCAUUGUUAGCUCAAUGGGGAAGGAUGAGUACUUCGUCGAAUACCAGACACUGAAAACUGAGGAUGAGACUGAACUCAUAAAAGAACAGGCAGAUGCUUUAUACAUGAGGCCGUGUCCCCCGGUGAUACAAAGGCUUGACCGCUUCAAACAUUUUGAGAAAGUAGAUGGUUGGUACAACGACGGAUGGUGGGUGGGUCUUAUAUCCAGAGUUCUUGAUGGCUUAACUUAUGCAGUCUAUUUCUGGACCAGUAAUGAGGAAUUAGAAUUUAAUCAUUUUGAUCUGAGGCCUCAUCAAGAAUGGAUUGGUGGAAAAUUUGUAGCUGAUUUCUUGCUUAAUAUGCAGAAAAAGUCAUCUGAGUUGCCUUUGAAGCCCAAACCAGGAAAAUUGAAGAGGCAUGAUGGUUUAAUAUCAUUGGAGACAAACUAUUUCACCAAGGGAAUGAAAGUAGAGGUCAGAAGUGAUGAAGCAGGAUACUCAAAUUCUUGGUACCCGGCUAUCAUCAUAGCCUCUAAAGGGACUGGAAAGUACUUGGUCGAAUACUUGACACUGAAAAGUGAUAGAGAAGCGGAACUACUGAAAAGUGACAGAGAAGUGGAACUCCUCAAGGAAGUGGCUGAUGCUCUGUGCAUAAGGCCAUGCCCUCCUGUAAUUCAGCGCUCUGAUCCUUUUGAACCCUUUGAAGACGUCGACGCUUGGUAUAAUGACGCGUGGUGGGUUGGUGGUGUUUGUCAUGUAAUUCAGAAUAAGGGUUCAGUAUAUGCUGUCUAUAUCAGAAGUACUAAUGAGGUAUUGGAAUUUCAACAUUCUGAUUUGAGGCCUCAUCGCAAUUGGGUUGACGGAAAAUGGGUUGUCCCUUUCCAGGGUCGGACUUUUUGAUAAUGAAACCAAGCGUGAAUGGAGUUAUCUGUGUCAGAAUGCAACCUUAUAUUGUAGAGAAUUUGUUCACCCAGAAUUGAAUCAAUCAUUAGUCACCUAUUGAUUAUACAGUUGAGUGAUAGGGAUUUGAAAGAAAAUAUAGGGGCAAUAUUUGACUUCUGUCCAACAAUCAGGAAACCUCCAUACCUAAAAUGAUAUGCCUUGUAUCUUGCAUAAAGGUUUUUAUUUUUUAAGUACUUACUUCUCGCUUUAUGAGACAUGUUAUUCUCUCACAAUACAUCACCUUUAAUUCAAAAAAUAAGUACUUAUAGCAUAACGGGGCCAAUGCUUGUAAAUAUUCAUGCUGACCAAUGAAAUAUCACAAACAACAUCAGUGUUCAGAGCCUUUUCCUUAUAUUGUUUCUUGUUGAUUAUAUUGCUAAUGGGUUAUCCCAGGAAUGAGAAAUUUUAUCACAGACCAUCACUACAAUCUGAUUUUGGAAACACCUUUAGCCCAAGAAAGGUAUUUUUUCUUAUUCUCUAAUUUCUCUCCAUACAUUGGUUUCAAUUUCCUAUUGUUCUUUUCAGAAACACAGGAAAUUGGUUGGCCAUGUAAUACGUUCAAGUAAAUGUGAUCAAAUUGA